GUCCUGUCGCUGUAGCCUCACGUAGUCAGUUGUUGUCGGAUCUCCGGACAGGACGUGGUCACUCAGCGAUCAGCCGUGCCGGGGAAUGAGUCUGUGGAUGAUCGGACCUCCUUGUUGUUGUUUGCUGCAGCCUUGUAGUGUGAUCCGCUCUCCUGUACGGAUUGGUCUCCCCCCUUUGCAGAGCUGCAGAACUUUAUCCGGGAGGUGUGAUUGGGGGGGCCGGUAUGAGAAACCAGCAAACUUCUAUCAUCAGAGAGAAUAAUGUGUUCUUCCCGGAGAUAGAGCCUCUGUCCGCCCGAUCCUUCCAGACACAAAGCUGCAAAUCUGCCAUGUGCAUCACCGCCAGCAACCGUGGCACCGUCCACCGAGCCCGGUCCGCCAGCCACGACUGCCAUGGAGAUAAUUCAUUGCUUGCCCAACCAGCAUUUGCACAGGACAAGAAGGAACGCUCAUUUAAGAGACACGCAGGAGAUCUUCUACUGAAGUCUGAACAUGGCCUUUGUGUGUACGAGGAGAAGAGAUUCCGUUCGUCAUCGUUCACGUUCAGGCCGUCCAGCUCCUCCAGUGAAACUGGCCCAAGUGAGAAAAGAGUGCGCUCCUCUUCCUUCAGCCUUCUGACCGCCUUCCCUCCAAAUCAGCCAGCAUUGAAAAACAAUGUGUUCAUGCCUUCCACUCUCCUGCCAGAGCGAACACAUAGGCACAAUAAUGACUCAGAGGAAACGUUGCAUACCUGGACAGUCAUAAAACCAGCGACAUUACAGCCUCCACAAGUAACUGUGUCUUCUGACAUCGAGAGUUCACAGACCGGGACUGAAGAGAAGCAGAUCCUAGAAGAAGAGAGCAAAGCUCUGGUGAAUAAUGCAGGACAGCCAAAGUCUGCUCAUGGAUCCACCUGCAUCCUGGGGACGGAAACGAGAUUUAGGAUGCAGCCGUUUGAUCAGAUGCCACCUAAAUAUACAACAGAUUUUGUCUUUGGUGAGAACAUGGAAAGGAGAGUCAUGAGUCCCAAGAGGCCGACACCAUCUCAGACCAGAGUACCGCUGUGCAGGCGGGAAUCCGCGUCAUCUAGAUUAUCAUAUAACAGGAACUGGCCUUAUCAGAAGCACAGAUUGCAUACGAGCCUUAUAGAGUCAGCUGCAGCAUACACCUCCAGGCCAAGAAUAAAAUAUGAACUGGACCAAGUGAAGGUUAUCACUGGAGAGGAGUCCGAGCGCAAUGUGCUACAGAUUAGCUGCAAACUCUUUGUGUUUAACAAAGAAAGCCAGGUGUGGACAGAACGAGGCCGGGGCUACCUGAGGCUCAAUGACUUGGCUGACAAUGAUGAUGGACCAUUCCGAUCUCGUAUAGUGAUGCGGAAUCACGGAAAUUUGAAGCUGAUCCUGAACAGUAAAAUCUUCAGUGGGAUGAAGCUGGAGAGAGCGAAUAGGAGGAGUCUGCGUAUCACCGCCACUGAUCUGACCGACAGCAGCCUCAAAGUAUUCCUCGUGCAGGCAAGUGUGAAAGAUGCUGCACGCCUUCAUGCUGCAAUCCAUCAUCGGCUCAUUGCAAUGAGCAGCUUCCGGGCCAAGCAGGAGCAGAGCAUGCCCAUCGGUGAGGAUGAAAGCAGCUCCAAUUCGCAGCUUCUCAACAGCGAUUCUGAGGAUGAAGAAGAUGAUGAGAUGAAAUUCUGUUCUAGCAAGAUGUCAGAUCAUCUCCAGUUGAUCCGUCAGCGCCCUGUCCUGUACUCCUGACAGUUGCUUUCCAUCCGUCUUCUCUCAGUCAUGCGUCUUUGUACAACAUCAUCCGCAAGAUCGCCAAUAUCAAACUGGAAUCUGAUUGGGAGAAGGAAUUGCAUUGAGCAAAAUCAUACUCCUAUUAAAAAGUACUACACAGACAAGGAGUGUCAAAUUAACCAAUUGGAUAGACUUUCCUGUCUCUGCGACAUGUUUUGGAAUCCAGUAUCUACUAAAGACUUAUUGGACAGGAUCAUUAAUUGGGACACUUUAAGAGAUAUAAAUAUAUAUAUAUAUACCUCAAGAAUGAUGACUGAGUGCACCUUAAUAUUUAGCCAAAGGAUCUUGAGACAAACAUUCCCAAUAUCAACAACUUCUCUCCUCUCCUUGUUAUUUAAUAUUCAUUUAUUUGGAGAUCCGUGAUCAUGCAUCAUACCAGCAAGUCAAAGCCUGUAUGUGUGUGAAUUAAAAAAAGAAAAAGGUAUAACUUGGUUACAAUACUGUGCAUCAUAUUGAUGGCAAUGAUCAAGCUUACUUUGUAUAUGCAUUGCCAUAUUCGUAUUGCACACCGUUGCAGUCUUUUACAUCCUAUUUGACAUGUUUUAUCAUUUUUUUGUUUUAUUUUUUGGUCACGGUGGCUGAAACUUUAGAGGGCUAGUGUGUUUUUUUUUCUGCUAAUUUUGUAAAAUAUAUCUAAUCUAUUGUGUAUUUAAAAUUUUCAUUCUAUAUACAUAUAUAUAUAUUUAUAUUUUAUUAAAGGUUGUUUAUGGUAGUGUAAUAUAUAUAUAAAUUUUAGAGAAAAUCUAUUUAACAGGGUUUGCUUGGCACGUUUAUAAACCGUUACUCUGUUUACAUGUAAAUUGAA